AUGGCGUGGUCUCAGCUGGAACCGACAGCACCGCACUUGACCUACAUCGUGCUGUCCUCCUUCCUCAUCGCCUACGCUCUCUUCUCGCUCUUCAUCCGCAACCGCCUGCACCUGUCGGAGCCGCCGCUGGCCACCGUCUUCGGCAUCAUCUUCGGGCCGCACGGUGCCCGGGUCCUGCAUCCGCAGCAGUGGGGCAUGGACGACCUCCACAUGCAGGAGCUGACGCGCCUGAUCCUCGGCAUCCAGGUCUUCUCCACCGGCAUCGAGCUGCCGCCGGGCUACUUCAGCCUGGGCCCGCGCGGCAACUGGCAGAGCGUGCUCGUGCUGAUCGGGCCCGUCAUGGUGUUUGGGUGGCUCGUCUGCGCCGCGCUGAUCUGGGCCCUGCUCGGCGUCGACUUCGCCGUCGCCCUCGUCAUCUCCGCGUGCAUGACGCCGACCGACCCGGUGCUGGCCGCCUCUGUGCUGGCCAACUCGCAGUUCUCGACCCGCGUGCCCAAGCGCCUGCGCCGACUGCUGUCGGCCGAGAGCGGCUGCAACGACGGCGCCUCCUUCCCGUUCCUGUACGUCGGCCUCUUCGCCCUGACGAGCGCCACUUCCGGCGAGGCCGUCAAGCAGUGGUUCCUCAUCACGCUGCUGUGGCAGUGCGCCUUCGGCGUGGUGCUGGGCGUCACCCUGGGCUUCGCCGCCAACCGCGUGCUCCGCUUCGUGCACGCCCGCGACUUCAUCGGCCGCGCCUCGUACCUCGUCUUCUACCUGCUCGCCGCCGUCUUCUGCACCGGCGUGGCCGCCACUCUGGGCACCGACGACUUCCUGCUCGCCUUCAGCGCCGGCGUCGGCUUCAACCACGACGGCUGGUUCCGCCGCGAGAUCGCCCAGACGCGGCUCCCGCACAUCAUUGACCUGAUCCUCAACAGCACCAUGUUCGUCCUCUUCGGCGCCAGCAUCCCGUGGUCGCAGUUCUCGUCGUCCUGGUCCGCCCUGCCCUCGGGCACCUCCUCCGCCGUCUCGCUCGGCCCCGGCCGCCUCCUCGCCCUCCUCGCCUGCAUCCUCCUGCUGCGCCGCAUCCCCGCCGUGCUCGCCGCGAAGCCGCUAAUCCCAGACCUGCAGACGUACCGCGAGGCCCUCUUCGCCGGCCACUUCGGCCCCAUCGGCGUGGGCGCCCUCUUCCUCGCGCUCGAGGCCCGCGCCCAGCUCGAGACGGGCACUUCGCAGCCCCUGCCCUACCCCCCGGCCGACGGUGACGCCGCCGGCCUGUCGCCCCAGCGCCGGCUCGCAACCCUCGUCGUGUGGCCCGUCGUGUGCUUCAUCGUGCUCGGCUCGACCAUGGUGCACGGCUGCAGCACGCUCGCCAUCAGCGUGGGCAGCCACUUCUCGCGCAAGGAGGGCGAGCGCGCGCCGCUGAUUGGGGCCGAGACGGACGGGUUCGGCGCGAUGGUGUAUGAUGAGGAUGAGGUCGAGGAGGAAGAGUGGGAGGAGGAGAAUGAGGAGAAUGAGGUGGAGAAUGGGGUCGAGGACUGA